AUGUCGUCUUCGAAGCCAAUCCGUCGACUCCAGAUCAAACACGAAAACGAUCUUCCCAGCGACGCCGCUGCUACUCCAGGAGGAACGAUGUUCGGAACUACUCCCGGCGGAUCGAAAAUCAUUUACGAUCGACUCUAUUUGAUGCGAAUGAAGUCGUCGCCAGCAUCAAACACACCUCCAAAGGGCAUGACUCCCGUGCGAGGCAUCACCUUAAUCCCCGAGGCUGCUAACGAGCAAAGCGCCUCAGGCGACGCGCAAAAGACAAAAACGAUCCCGGAGGCGAGCGCCGAAGAGAUCGAAAAAGCCAACGCCGAAGCAGACAUUACUCCAGCCGACGACAUGGAAUUGUAA